CCGAUCAGAUUACUUUUUCAAUACUCGUUUCCUUGCGAUUUUUCUCUCUCUAGCUCGCUAUUUCGUUGUUUUUUCAGUAUUUUGAUUCGAUUUUUCUGAUCGGUUCUCGAGAAAGAUGGCCGGAAAAGGGGAAGGACCUGCAAUCGGGAUUGAUCUCGGAACGACAUACUCGUGUGUGGGCGUUUGGCAACAUGAUCGCGUUGAGAUCAUUGCCAACGAUCAGGGCAACAGGACGACGCCGUCUUACGUUGCCUUCACAGACACAGAGCGUUUGAUCGGUGAUGCUGCCAAGAAUCAGGUCGCCAUGAACCCUACUAACACUGUUUUUGAUGCUAAGCGUUUAAUAGGAAGGAGAUUUAGCGACCCCUCUGUGCAGAGUGACAUGAAGUUGUGGCCUUUCAAGGUCAUACCUGGUCCAGGCGACAAGCCAAUGAUUGUUGUCACCUACAAGGGUGAGGAGAAGCAAUUUGCUGCUGAAGAAAUCUCUUCAAUGGUGCUCAUCAAGAUGAGGGAGAUUGCAGAGGCCUAUCUUGGCUCAACCAUCAAAAAUGCAGUUGUCACUGUCCCUGCCUACUUCAAUGACUCUCAGAGGCAGGCAACAAAGGAUGCCGGGGUGAUUGCAGGCCUCAAUGUCUUGCGAAUCAUCAAUGAGCCCACCGCCGCGGCUAUUGCAUAUGGGCUUGACAAAAAGGCUAGCAGUGCUGGUGAGAAGAAUGUGCUUAUAUUUGAUCUUGGUGGUGGAACGUUCGAUGUUUCUCUUCUCACCAUUGAAGAGGGCAUUUUCGAGGUUAAAGCCACAGCUGGUGACACCCAUUUGGGCGGUGAGGACUUUGACAACAGAAUGGUGAACCAUUUUGUUCAAGAGUUCAAGAGGAAGCACAAGAAGGAUAUUAGUGGAAACCCAAGAGCUCUGAGGAGGUUGAGGACUGCGUGUGAAAGGGCGAAGAGGACUCUCUCGUCUACUGCCCAAACUACAAUUGAAAUUGAUUCUUUGUACGAGGGUAUUGAUUUCUACACCACAAUUACUCGGGCUAGGUUUGAGGAGCUUAACAUGGAUUUAUUCAGAAAGUGUAUGGAGCCAGUGGAGAAGUGUUUGAGGGAUGCGAAAAUGGACAAGAGUAGUGUUGAUGAUGUGGUUCUUGUUGGCGGGUCAACUAGGAUCCCCAAAGUUCAGCAAUUGUUGCAGGACUUCUUCAAUGGGAAGGAGCUCUGCAAGAGCAUUAAUCCUGAUGAGGCUGUUGCAUAUGGUGCUGCCGUCCAGGCCGCGAUUUUGAGUGGGGAAGGCAAUGAGAAGGUGCAGGACUUGUUAUUGUUGGAUGUCACUCCCCUGUCCUUAGGUUUGGAGACUGCUGGAGGAGUUAUGACUGUGUUGAUUCCUAGGAACACAACCAUCCCCACCAAGAAGGAGCAAGUGUUCUCGACAUACUCUGAUAAUCAGCCCGGUGUGCUAAUUCAGGUCUACGAGGGUGAGAGAACAAGAACCAGGGACAACAAUUUGUUGGGCAAGUUUGAGCUCUCUGGUAUUCCUCCUGCUCCAAGGGGUGUUCCUCAAAUCAAUGUCUGUUUCGACAUUGAUGCCAAUGGUAUUCUGAAUGUCUCCGCCGAGGACAAAACAACCGGACAGAAAAACAAAAUCACCAUCACCAACGACAAGGGUCGGCUUUCCAAGGAGGAGAUUGAAAAGAUGGUGCAGGAAGCUGAGAAGUACAAGUCCGAGGACGAAGAGCACAAGAAGAAGGUGGAGGCCAAGAAUGCGUUGGAGAAUUACGCUUACAACAUGAGGAACACCAUCAAGGAUGAGAAGAUCAGCGCCAAGCUCCCUCCGACUGACAAGAAGAAGAUUGAGGAUGCCAUUGAGGCGGCAAUACAGUGGCUAGAUGGGAACCAGCUCGCAGAGGCGGAUGAAUUCGAGGACAAGAUGAAGGAGCUGGAGAGCAUCUGCAAUCCGAUCAUUGCCAAGAUGUACGGCUCUGGCGGUGAUAUGGGUGGAGCCAUGGAUGAGGAUGGUCCUUCUGCUGGUGGUGGAAGCGGUGGUGCUGGACCCAAGAUUGAAGAAGUAGAUUAAGCUACUGGUUGGAGUCUACAAAGUCUGAACUAUAUUAGGCAAUGGUUGUGAUGCUUCUUCUGUUGGGGUUAUGAUAUGGGAAUGCUUUGCAAGUUAACAGUGUGUGGUUUAGUUUCUUAGUUUAAAGACUUUUCUUUUCGAUGUCAUGUUUUUUUUUACCUGUGAAUGAAUUUCUAGUUUUUUUUAUAUAUUAUUAUUAUGUGAAUUGAGUUC